AUGAAGUUCUCCACCAUCCUUGCCGCAACCACCGCUCUCCUGACCGGUGCCAAUGCCGCGGUACCGCGUCUUGUAGAGGUCCAAAGCCACGAUGUUUGCUGGAGGGUCUGCUUUCCAGAGAAGCCACAUUGUCCGGAUGGAUGGGAUGCUAAGAAAAUAGGCCAUUGUUACUCUUGCUGCAAAAACUUUGACGAUGAGGCUGCUGAGGCCAGUAAGCUUGAUAUGUUUUGGCAGGCAUAG